GUGAAAAUUAAUCAUCUAAGGCCAACGAUUAAACAAAUACAGAUGCAAAAACGCUGAGGCCCGCGGAGCCCGCGCAAUACCAAAAUUAAUUUCGCAUGCGGUCGAAGGAUAUAACCCUAUAAGUGUUGUGGGAUAUAACACUAUACAUGUCACACAUGCCCGGCAGGGCGGUAGAUGAUAAUGGCGAAAUUGUAUAAUUUGUACGAUAAAUACUUGCUAGUUAUACUGUGUGCUGUGAUAACUUUAUUAUCAAUAUGUGUAAAUACUCAGCGACUAAACGUACCGAGAGUUCUUUUACCUAUUUUCAACGAUUUUCCCACCAAUUUCACCCUUGAGGUUACCGAAGGCGGGUGCUACAAAUGGUCGUCAUCCCGUACCGAUUUGAUCAGAUUAGUUCCACUCAAUGAAAAUUUCGACAAAACAUGCUCGUCUGCCGUAUUGGUACAGACUGUCACCAAGGAUUCGACACGCAACACUGCCAUAGUAUUAGCCGAAGAUGUUACCACAGGCCAAUUCCUGAGGUGUGAUGUUAUUGUAGAUGCCAUUUUCGCAUUCAAUCUAGUCACAACAACCCGGGAAUUGUUCAUUGAAGAAGCACCAGAAGUCUUUGAGGUCCGAGCAAACGAUGAACAGGGCAACGAAUUCACAACACUGGCUGGUGUCGAAUUCAUGUGGACAAUUGGGAAUGUGGACAAACAUAGAUCGCAGAUAGAUAGUAAACCGCUCAACAAUGUCCUAAGGUUUAUGACCUUUCAGGAAUCGCCAUAUGAAACCCCACCAACAGUCGUCGAAUUAGACUCUGUUGGGCGAAAAGGGCACAUGACUCUUUUGGAGGGAAUCAGAACUGGCUCUGCCAAGGUCUCAGUAAAAUUGUCUCACCCUGAGUAUACUCAUGUACCCCCCAUUGAAGUGGAAUUGAUUGUUGUUGCAAAUCUGAUCAUCAUACCAAGUGAUGUAACUAUGAUGGCCUAUGACAGCUUUAAUUACAGAAUCAUGCAGAUGCAUCAAGGACGGCUGGAAGAGAUCAACCUACCAUCCAGCCAAUACUAUUUGGAGGCUGAAAAUCCUGAUAUCCUGAAGAUAAAUAAUGAUUGUGGCAGCGCCUAUGCCAUCGGACGUGGGAAAACUAAGGUUCUAUUGUAUGACAGAAACGUUGAUGAGGAAUAUGGUAUAGUUCUCCCAUCUGCAACAGUCAAUAUAAACGAGCCUGCCUACAUCACUCUGACAGUCCUACCACAUAGGAAUUGGGGCCUCAUUUUGGGCCAUACACAUGAGAUUGUUGCAGAAAUAUAUGAUAACAAGGACCGCAAGUACCACAUAGGGGAAGGUGUCGAGGUCAAUGUACAGAUUGAUGAGAAAUACCUGAAUGUGGGUUCAAGGACCCAGAAUGGUACCCAUGUAGUCGCCACACCCAUAGCUAUGGGUACGACGAUAGUAGAGGCCAGUUUAAUCGCCAUUAUAAGCAGCCAGGGAAAGCGGAUGAAUUUAAUGCCCCGGCUCACAACAAGAGCUGAACUCUCGAUACAUUCACAGGUUAUAGUUGUUCCUAAAGCUUUGGCUGUACCCUGGGAUCCGCGGAGUAAAGUGAGGUCGGAAACUACCUUAAAAGCGAGCGGAGGAGACGGUGCUUAUAUUUGGGCAAGUCAGCAUCCUAACGUUGCCUCAGUAUCUCAAAACGGCAUAGUUGGAGUUUUGAGAAAGGGCUCUGCGAAAAUUAUUGUGUCAAUGGCACGAAACCCGCAUAAUAGGGAUGAAACAAGGAUACAUGUCUUGACGCCAGUACGGUUAGAAAUAAUUGAUUACAAUAUGGAGGCUGCAGUUGGAGAAUCUAUCCAUAUUCAUGUGGCGAUGUAUGGCGAAAUGAAGAAGGAAGGAACGGAUGAAGUGUAUGAAAUACCAUUCAACGAUUGCCGCGACAUACCCCUUGACGUUUACAUUCCAGAUGGUAACUUUGUGUAUAAUAAUAGUGAGACAGUUGAGUCUAUUGGCAUAGCCUGCACGACACUUCGUGUCGUUGGCCUUGAUGUCGGCAUGUCUAGCGUCACAGUUGCAUACAACAAUAAUGGUGGACAAUAUUUGAUGGACAAUGUAAACAUAUCGGCAUACAAGCCCCUCACUGCCUUGCAUCCGUCAACUGGUGAUGCCCUACUCGCUGUAGGGUCAUCACGACGACUAGUAUUCAAAGGUGGACCACUGCCGUGGUUUGAUAAAAAUCAGGGUUACACAAGAGAAAUAAAAAUCUCAAACCUAGGUGUAUUAAGAUGGAAGGAAGAAGAGUAUAUAUUCGAUGUAAGUUCUGAUGUUUACGUGUACAAAAUAAUGUGCGAAGCACUUGGCGAUGUCACAGUUACACUCACGAUUUCAAAUAUCCCGGUAUUGUCAAACUGUCGCCAAACUGAAGCAUCCGCGUCGGUUCUAGUCACCUGUGGCAAACCGAGAAACAUUUACCUGGUACCGGAAUUUAAGGAUAGCGAGAAGUGUCCAAAAAGUCAAAGUACCGACCAUAUCAUGGCGCGUAGUGGAGAGGAUUUUGAGCUGACGGUGAUUGUAAAGGAUGAGGAUGGUAGAACUUUUGACAAUGCAACGAGUUUGAAUGUCGAAUGGGCUUUGAACCCUGUUGAGUAUGGCAGUGUGGAAAAAGUAUCUGGUAUUAUGGAAGAGACAUAUUGGGAUAUGAAUGUUAUAUUACCAAACAGACACUAUCAACGUAUUUUGCCAAAACAGCAUACUGGCAUGUUACAGAUACAUGCCAGGGUGACAGGGUAUCAGAAACGCGCACUAGGAAAAUUGGGAAUUGUGCCAGAACGGCCGCCAUUUCCCACCCUAACAGAAAGGGGGUCCGUAGAAACUCCAGUCAUCAAAAAGUCUAUAAAUGUGACUCUGGUAAACCAUACGGUUAUAACUCCAAACAAUUUGAAGGUUCUUCUUGAUCCAAUUGGAAAGUAUCACAUGCAGGUCAGCCAAGGAUCAGGUUUCUAUGAUCUUAAUUUAAGCUCCAAGGAUAUUGCCAAUGUGGAUUAUGUCGCACCUACCAAGACAAUAACCAUUGUCCCCCGAAAUUCAGGUAUACUGCACAUUGCUCUCGUUGAUCUUUGCUUACCGUCAAAGCCUGCUGAAGCUGUCAUUGAGGUGCAACAACUCGGAGGCAUAAAAGUCGAGGUGAUAGACAAAGUUGAAAUAGACAAAUGCAUUGUUGCAACUCUCACAUUAUAUGAUACAAAUGGUCGUACAAUGGAGCUACCCUCGAUUGAAGCUAUUAGUAUAGGUGCAGAAAUAGAUAAUGGGCGAAUUGAAGUUAUACGUUUGCCAAACAGCGAUCAAGGAAACCCUCCCUAUCAUGAAAUUUUGUAUAAGGUUCGUGGAAUUAAAGAAGGCGAAUCUCAAUUAUCUUUUGAAAGCGGUAAAGAUGAGGAAAAAGUCCACAGUGAGCCAAUCACUAUUCAAGUUUUUCUACCACUCAAAAUUAUACCAAAAAACGUGACAAUCCUUGUAGGAACAUUGUAUCAACUUUCGACCAUUGGUGGACCGUCCAAUGCAGAGAUUGAAUUUGUUAGUAAUGAUGAUAGCACUCUGGGUGUUAGCGAAGAUGGCGUGUUGGAUGGUAAAUUAUUUGGUACAGGAGUUAUAUCUGCAAGUGCAGUUGGGCUUACCCCGAAUGGUAAACGUGUUGUGUAUUCAAAGGAUAGCAUAGGGGUUCAAGUUGUUCCUUUGGAAGGUGUUAAAAUCACGGCGCCGACAACCAGAAUAAAAAUUGGAGCUACCAUUCCAGUAUGGGCUUUUGGUAUUCCAGACCAACUUACACCCCUUGUAAUAGGUUCGAUGAAAACACCGAUGAGAUUCCUGUGGUCUACGAGUGGACAACCAGGGAUAAUAAAACUGAAAAACAUGUAUGAAGGGACUGGUAUUAAUAUUGGAUAUGAAAAUGAAGCAUGUGUACGAGUGGAAGGCUUACAGCCUGGAAUAGCUACAAUUCACCUCAAUGUUACAACAUCAUGCGAGACAUUUGCAAAAUGUGACAAAGAUACAACAUUUGUGGCAUUCUUGAAGAUUGAAAUAUUCCAAGAGCUUCAUUUGGUCGGUGUAGAGGACGGGUAUGGAAGGCCAGUUAUACUGAUGACACCAAAUUCAGCUUUUCAAUUGCAAACGAAUCAUGACAAGUACAGUUUAAGUUACAAAAUUUUGCCACCUGGAAGCUCUGGUGAAACGGAGGAUUCAAAAGCUUUGAUAUUGACAAAUAAGAAUGUAACCAUUGACAAAAAUGGCAUGAUCACAUCAGGCGAAACGUUUGGAAAAACUAUACUAUCAAUCACAAGUACUGAGGCUUAUGGGUUGAAGCAAACGUUGAUGGUUGUUGUUGAGGUCAAACCGAUCCAUUACAUGAUGCUUGAGCUAAAAUCGAUCAUGCGUGUGAGAUCGGGUGAAGAACUCUAUUCCCUACCCAGAGGUAUGACGCUGGAUUAUACUGUAGGGUAUUACGACAAUGUCGGAUCUAAGUUUAACGCUGGUCAAACGAAAUUGUCUAUAUGGACAAACCGUGCUAAUUUAGCCUCAUUUAGUAUGGGAUCAGAGAACACAGUUUCUGUCCAAUUUACAAGAAGUGGACAUAUGGUUACUAAAGUUUAUAAUGAAAAACAGCCAACUGGAAUGUUCGACUAUGUAAAUAUGGUGAUUGGAGACAUCGUUUUCCCUUCAAAGAUGACAUUAACGGUUGGUGAUAUAAUAUGCUUCUCCAUGCCACUACUGUCGAAUGAUGGGGACCCUGGUUAUUGGCAAUCCUCAAACCCAGAACUAUUGACUAUUGAUUCCUUGAGUGGUAUAGGCAGAGCUCUGAGCCCAGGACGCAUACAUGUCAAGCAUAGUUUGGCUGCUCUUAUCCGUGAUGAGAUUCAACUCGACAUUCAACCAAUUUCUAAGAUAAAAUUCGUCCUGCCGAUGGGUACAAACAUGACAGGAACGGAGGUGUUGGGGGUUCCAUUGAUUUUGGAAAGUGCCAACGACUGUAACAAGCAGCAGAAUAUAUUGGCGCGAGGCAAAGGUGGCUGUCGUUUACAUCACAACUAUGCUCCGAAUGCAUUCCCUUUUACUUGUACUGUUCAAUUUACUGGGACCAUUCCUUCUAUUGACAUCAAAGAUAUAUUCCUCAGUAAACCAAGAUUUAACAUCGUAACAGGUUUUUACUACUGUGACGUAAUUUCUUUGGGUUCCCCCUCGAAGACAACUAGCACACUAGAUAUUUCGCUUAAAAUUGGGGCCCAAAGUCGCGAAAUCGUGGCUACGCCAGUGGUCGUACCAUAUUUGCCAGCUAUCUAUGUUCCUGUGACAGAAAUUAUAUUCGCAGUAACACCGACGUCGUCCACUCCAUCAGCUAUUAUUCAAGUACACGGAAUCCCGACAGUAUUGAACCAAUUGGUUACCCAUCUACCAGAUGGUUUGGCCCUGGUAACUGGGCCACAGGGCGCCUAUGGUAAUGGUAUACAGUUAAAAAUCCGUUUAACGCAUAAUCACGAUGAACUUCAAGGCAGCCAAGUCAGGGUAAUCAGUGAAAUUACAAAGCAAGACAUACAUAUACUUGUUCGAGUGUCACAGUAUGAUCAAGCUGCCCCAGUCAGUGGCAUACAUUGGUUGGAUUAUGCUUACUAUCAUAGAUAUACAUUUGGGACCUUCGCUGCUCUUGUAAUAACCUUUUUCUACAUCUAUGGAAGUAAAAUGAUGAGCAUCAACAUCUCAGUGAAAAAUAAAUCCAUUUUCGCCGAAAAGUGUCCACCGCCCAUAAAGAAAACGUAUACGCCAACUUCACCAAGUGGAAACAAAGUUACUAGCACUCCAAGUCCGGGGAGUGCAAACACAUCGCUAAGACCUUUCUCAGCGUUUGAACCUGUAUAUGGAGAUCCUCGGGGAUUUUACACGCCUAACGCUAGGCGAAAUCGAUCCCUACUUAGUCCUUAGUUCUAAAGAAAAAAAAAAUAAAUAAAAAAAAAAGAAAACUGGUAAGGACAUUCUUCAAUAAUUUUAUAGUUCACUGGUUGUUGAGUGGUCAAUUUAUCAAAUGAUAGUUCGACAAGACUGACGAACAAUGAAACUCAGACUUCAUGUGUUAUGCAGUGAAAUUUUCCGGUAAUUGAUCACACAUGUUAAAAAGUGAAACAAUUUGAUCUGACACUAUUCUCAAUUUUGUUUUUUCGCUUUCCUGAUCUUGUCUAUUAGUGAUAUCAAGCUAUUCUAAUUUUCUCACCUGGAACGUUUCUAAAAGAUUUUGUCUAUAUCGAAAAUUUUCAUUGAUGUAAUUAUUUAAUUAACAUUGACGCAACUUAUGGGUCUGGGUUUCAACUAGUGACAAUUGUUGAUCAAAAGGUGACGAAUAUGUGACUUAAUUUUAUUUAUAAUAGACUAUAUUUUCAUACGACAAUACGCUAGAAUAUAAUGAAUGACAUGUUGAGCGUCACAUUCAAAAUGGUUGUUGAACUAUACUAAGGUCGUUUUCAAGUACGUUACGUAUGUAGAUGUACGUAUGGUGAAAAGUAAUCGAAGUGUAAAUACUUUUUGAAAUGUUUUUGUAUCGUAUUUUAAGAUGUAACUCAGGUUGAAGGAUAUAUAUUAUUCUUAAGGCGUUGAAUAAAAGAUCGUAUUAUAAAGCCUGUUAGAUUCUCCUUCCAUCUGACAAAUCAAUAAAGAUAGAUAUGAUAUUCUGGUCAAUCACUUUGUCAUUGAAAAAUCUUUAUUUUUAUCAUCGUUCCUGAAAUUCCCAGUAUAAAGUUGAUUUUAGAAUGAACUG